CUUCCAACAACAUCAUCAAACCCCUCGAAAGAGGAAACAAAAAAACACUCACACUCACUUUGUUUCUCUUCUUCUUCUUCAUUUCACUCAAAAAAAUCGAAACUUUAACGCUAUAAACGAUGAUGGGUAUUACCAGAGACAGAGACGAAUCCCUCACAUUCACAAUCCCUUCAUCUUCUUCUCAUUCUUCUCCCAUCACUGUUUCCGACACACUCGACAGUUACCUAGUCGACCCAAGAAGUGCUUCUGGAAGUUUCCAGAACGAGGGUCUUCUUUCCGGCGGAGAUGUAGCCGAUGCUGAGUUCGGUUUCUCAAGACCUGAUUUCCGACAGAGUUCGCUUGUUGGUACUGUUGAGUUGUACGAAAGACACGUAUUUCUGUGUUAUAAGAAUCCGAGGUUUUGGCCUCCGAGGAUUGAAGCUGCUGAGUUUGAUCGGUUGCCUAGGUUGCUUUAUGCUGCUGUUAAAGCGAGGAAGAAUCAUAUGAAGAAAGAGACCCGGUUGACGAUAUGCGAGGGUCAUGACGGGACUGAAACAUCUAAUGGGGAUGUGUUAAUUUUUCCUGACAUGAUCAGAUACAGGAGAUUGACACAUUUUGAUGUUGAAACUUUUGUUGAAGAAGUUCUCGUGAAGGAUGGAGAGUGGCUACCAGGAACACCUGAAACGUUGAAAGGUUCGUAUGUUUUUGUGUGUUCACAUGGAUCGCGUGAUCGUAGAUGUGGAGUUUGUGGACCUGUUUUGAUAAGUCGAUUUAGGGAAGAGAUUGAGUUACAUGGUCUACAAGGUAAAGUAUUUGUUAGUCCGUGCUCGCACGUUGGAGGACAUAAAUAUGCAGGAAAUGUCAUUAUAUUUGGAUCAAACAUUAAUGGAGAAGUCACUGGCCACUGGUAUGGAUAUGUUGCUCCGGAGGACGUACCGUUAUUGCUUCAACAACAUAUCAUGAAAGGGGAGAUUAUAGACUCAUUAUGGAGGGGCCAGAUGGGUUUAUCAGAAGACGAACAAAUAACAAAGCAAGAACAAAGACUUCUGCUGAAUGGCAUAGGAAAACUAGAAGAAACCUCUGCAUCGAAUGGAUCUCGAGACAAUUUUGCAAGCUGCUGCCAAUCAAAUGGUGUAAGCUGCUGCCAAUCAAAUAGUGUAAGCUGCUGCCAAGAAAACGGAGACUCUUCAUAUUGCCAGAGUCAAGUGCAAGUGGAUAACAAAAUGAUCCCCGACGUCAUCGAGACCGAGGCAAAUCUUUCGGCUGCUAGUAAUAAGAGCAAUGGUGCGGUGAUUUCUCGGAUCAACAGCGGGAAAGGAACUUCACGCAAGUUUCAUACCAUGACAGCAUGGCUUGACGGCUGGGAGCAAGAAGAUACUUAUGCAGCUCUCGCCGUUGUAUGUGCUGCAGCAUCGGUCGCCAUUGCCUAUAACUGCUACAAACAGCUGACAUAAUAGGAAUCAGCUAUUGCAUUGUUAUUAUUUAAUCGAUGAAUCCUUAUUCGACAUGCAGGGAACGAGUGUGAUCUCAAUCAUUAUUGUGAAAGUGCGUGCUUUACCGAUCGAUUGUGGAAUAUUAUUGGCUGUAGCAUUUAUUAUUUGCCAGUUAGCUUAAUCUGUAUAUAUGAAACAUUAGCCUCAGAAUUUGAUUUGUAACAUUAUGUAAUGUAAUGUAAAGCUUUGGUGUUUCCUCAAACUUGCUAGUUAAUCCAAGAUUUGAGGUGCACACAGAAAGAAUAUUCAGAGAGUACCUUACUAUGUUCCUAAAAGAAUAGAAAGCAGUUUCUUAUGUGAAGGGUAACAAAGAAUCCUAUUCUCUCUC